AGUUUUCAGCCCACAAGGAACGGCACAGACCCAGUUUUUUUUUGUAAGAAAGUUGUAGGCUCCCCCGGGAAAUUUACACAUUGGACUUUUUUUGAAUCCCAUAAUCAUGUUGCGCCUCACAGCGAGGAGGCUGAAUGCCAACAACCGCAGUGCAAGUACUUCCUCGUCCUCUAACUUGCUACGGCAAACCAGCGCAAACAUCACGACCCGCGUGCACCGGGCUAAUGCGCUGCUUUCUUCAAAACUCGAGCAGAUCGUCCGAGGACAUGAGCAAACGCACCGACUGCGCGAUGCCUUCCAACGCCAGUACGCGGCUCUGACGGGGAGCGCUGCGGAAAAAGUGCAUAAUUCCGCGACUGUGGAACAAGCUCCGACACUGCAGUGCGCAAAAGAAGCCGCGGCCGCCAGCCAGAAAACAGAGCACCAGAACGAGCAGAAAUCUUCUUCGGGCAGUAACAAAACCGCAGCAGCCAGCGUGUCCGUCCUCCUGGGUGGCGUUUUUGUCGGAAACUAUUUACUGUUCGACGAGAUGGACGCGGAUGAACCCGUGCCGGCGUUUGAUCCGAAAAAAACCAGGUACGACGUCAGCACCUACUGGGGCCGCGUGAAGCUGAUGCGCGACAUGACGGACCCGAGUUCGUUGCUCUGCACCGAGGAAGAACUGGUCGCGUACCAGAACCUUUUGAAGUCCUGGUCGGCGCGCAAGAAGUACUCCGAGGAGGAAAAUUUGAAGUUCUGGGAAGCGAAAAAGGUCGUCGACGCCACCAUCCACCCGGUCACCGGGGAAGUCAUGUUCCUGCCCGGCCGCAUGUCCGCCUACGUACCUGCAAACUUGCCGGUCACCAGUGGUAUACUACAUGCCUUUGCUUCAUUCUGGUCAAAGACGAGAGCGAUCUUCGAUGAAGAUGAAUAUAAAAUUUUUCCAGCUUGUUCUCUGAAUGUCUGUGUUGAGCAGUGCUUUUGCUACGCAUGACCUUCAAUCAAUCUACUCUGAAAACCACAGGUAUGGUGAUUCUCAGUCAGCGCUCAUUGGGACAAACGGUUUUUUGGCAGUGGUUGAAUCAGACGAUCAACGUCGCGUGCAACUACGUCAACCGCUCCGGCGCGGCGAUCGACGAUAACAAGCUUCUCUUCAGCUACGUGCUUGCGUGCUCUUCGGCCGUCGGAAUCGCGGUCGGGUUAAACAGAUUAUCCAAGAGGUACUGAGUAUAAAAAGGUGUUUUUUCAGUUGCGUUUUCUUUUUUUUCUGCGCUCGUAUCCUUGUGGAAAAGGAAAAGCCAGCGAAGUAUGGUGUGACUAGAACGCUUACAAUAGCUGCCUGAUUUUCAUCGCAAACAUUCAACACAGCGUCGUCCUUCUCCAGCGUCUCGGGCUCUUAACGCCAUACCUUGCCGUGUGUGCGGCUAACGCUGCGAAUAUGAUCUCGACGCGGAUGGAGGAGUGGCAGACAGGUGUCCCGGUUUUUGACCAGGACGGCCGGCGGCUCGGGAUUUCGGCAAAAGCGGGGUGGGAGGGCGUGUGGCAGACCUUGGUGAACCGCGGGUGGAUUACCCCGCUGCCGUUUCUCGCGGUUCCGCCAGUGGUGCUCGCAGGUUUGCGUCCCUUCAUCCCGGCUGGCCCCAUGAUGAUCGCCACGGAGAUCGCGGUGGUCGGUGCUGCGAUGUACUACUCCUUGCCGUUCACCCUCGCGUUGAGUCAGCAAACUUUGGAGCUGGACCCGAAAUCUUUGGAGCCGGAGUUUCACAACUUGAAACUCAAAAACGGGCAACCGGUGGAAAAAAUCUUUUGUAACAAAGGAUUGUAAAAAAUUUGGAAUGUGGUUCUGGUUGUAGAUUUUUUUGAACAAAAAUCACUUUCGGAUUUAUUGCUUUUUGUCAUAAAAACAAAGGGUCGCGCCUCGAAAUGUACAGUGUAGAAAAUAACCUCAAAAUAUGAAACUGUUUCGAUAUUUUUUUUGUAGUGUGGGACACACUUUAGCAGGCUUUGUUUGUCACCUUCCGUCAUUUGUACCAAAAGUUGUAGGAUUUUUUGUUUCAUUCAUUGGCGGCGACCGCUGCUCGUGGCAGCGACGCUCCUGAAGUAAGUACAAGGGAGUCGGGACCGGAAGAUUCAGAUUCUGGCUUGAACUUUUCUUUUUUGCGUGGAGUAGUAAAACCCUUCUCUGAUGCAUGUUACUAAUAGUUCUAUCGUGUGGCCGCCAGACGGGACCGCGUCGAUUUGUAUUCUAGGAUUGUGUCAAUACCAAUAGUGGUUUGCGUUUUUGUUUUAUCUGCGGCAAGGCUUCGGGUAAGCAUUUGCAUUGCAUCCUUUCAACAAAAAUCAAAUAUCAGAACGUUGGAACCCUUCAGGACAGACUGUAUAAUUUUUUGGCGACUGCUGAAUUGCUUUUGCAAGAUGAACAAAAAAAAUCAAAUACGUGCUUCGAUGUCGAUGUCGAGGUAGACAUCUUCAC